AUGGAGAGAUGUGUGAGCGCAAGAAAUGCUGCUUCUCAGAAAUGGAGGACCAUCGUGGGAGCACUGGACUUCCGCAAGAAAGCAUGCACCUCUCAGAACGCUGCGUCGACACCCAAUGCUGUCCCAGCACGCACAGCUGCUGGCGACACGGAGCGUCCUGCACGUCCGGGCUGCGCCCGAGAGAAGAAAGAGCUCCCCGAUCGUCAUCUACGCGACCAGCUUCGUGCGUUCAUCAAUCGCUGCUGA